CUGAAGAGAGCCAAGCUCAGCGUCAUGAAGGGUGAGCUGGGGGAGGCUGAGCAGAUUCUGCACCAAGCCCUGCAGCUGUCGCACCAGUCGGAUAACAGGAAAGCCAUCAUCUACACCUACAGCAUGAUGGCAAACGUGGCCUUCAUGCAGGGACAGCUGGACAAUGCAGAAAAGCUCUACAAAGCAAGUAUGAGCUAUUUGCUUGCAGGGGACACAAAAGAGGAUGACAAUGCAAUCCUUGAGAUGUCCCUCAAGCUGGCCAGUAUCUAUGCUGCUCAGAAACAGCACAAGUUAGCCCUGGCUGGCUAUGAGUUCUGCAUCCUGACCUUAGAAGAGAAGAUUGCCAAGCAAAAAGACUUGCCUGAGGAUGUCUUACCAGCUGAAGAAAAGGCCAACACCCGUCUCUUGCUUGGGAUGAGCCUAGACUCCUAUGCUCGCUAUCUCCAAAACAUUAACCAGCUCCCAGUGGCCCAAAAAAUGUAUGAGAAGGCUCUGCAGAUAUCAAAUGAUGUUCAGGGAGAGACUCAUCCACAGACUGUGGUCCUGAUGAAUGACUUAGCAACUGUACUGGAUGCUCAGGGGUACUACGAUGAGGCAUACACCUACGUGAAGAAGGCAGCUGAGGUGGCAAAGGAGACCCAACACCCAGAGGAGCACAUGGUGCUGAAUAACCUGGCAGCAAUUCUGAUGCACAAAGAAGACUUUCUGCAAGCAAAACAAGUGUACAAAGAAGCCCUCAAGCAGGCACAAGAAAAGGGAGAUGUUGCUUCUGUCCAGCAUAUCCAGGAAGAACUAGCUGAACUGGCCAAGAGGAGAAAGGGCUCCAAAUGAGUUUGGCCACAGAGGCCAGCCUCGAGGUGGCUGACAGCAGCACGGGUUGGUCAGUACAAGCAGCCUGGGACCAGUUUGCUGCAGUUCUCCCCAGGCACACCAAUGAGGAGUUUAAGGACUGCUUAACAAGAAGGGCUGCUAUUGCCUAACAACUUAGCCCAAAAUAAAGUUGUGAAAUCUUAA